AUGGCGCUGUUGGCUCGUCGCGCCGUCCCCGCACUGAGGAAGGGGCUUUUCCCCGCCCGCAGGCCCUUGGGCGCGGGAGGUGAGAGAAGGCCCGUGUCCCUUUCUACUUGCACCUCGAGAGAUUCUGGAGGGGGAGGUGGCAGUACCAGGGAGCAGCUGUCCUUGCAGGAUGUAGCCGAGCUGAUCCGGACCAGAGCCUGCCAGAGGCUGGUGGUCAUGGUGGGGGCCGGCAUCAGCACACCCAGCGGCAUCCCUGACUUCAGGUCUCCGGGGAGCGGCCUCUACAGCAAUCUCCAGCAGUACGACAUCCCAUACCCCGAAGCCAUUUUUGAACUUUCAUUCUUCUUUCGAAACCCCAAGCCCUUUUUCACUUUGGCCAAGGAGCUGUACCCUGGGAACUUCCGGCCCAACAUGACUCACUACUUCCUGCGGCUCCUGCACGAGAAGGGGCUGCUGCUACGGCUCUACACACAGAACAUAGACGGGCUUGAGCGGGUGGCUGGCAUCCCCGCUUCAAAGCUGGUUGAAGCCCACGGCACCUUCGCGUCUGCCACCUGCACCGUCUGUCUGCGACCCUGCCCUGGGGAAGACUUCUGGGCUGACGUGUUGGCGGACAGGGUGCCCUGCUGCAGGGUCUGUACCGGCAUCGUGAAGCCUGACAUCGUGUUCUUCGGGGAACCACUGCCAGAGAGGUUCCUGCUGCACGUGGCCGAUUUCCCCAUGGCUGACCUGCUGGUUGUCCUUGGGACCUCCCUUGAGGUGGAGCCUUUUGCCAGCUUGUCUGAAGGCGUCUGCAGCUCUGUGCCCCGAGUGCUCAUCAACCAGGAUGUGGUGGGCACCUUUGCAUGGCAUCCCCGGGGCAGGGAUGUAGUGCAGCUGGGGGACGUGGUUCACAGCGUGGAGAAGCUGGUGAAGCUGCUGGGCUGGACAGAGGAGAUGCGGGACCUUGUGCAGCGGGAGACGGACAAGGUACCGAGGGCGGGUGGGCCGCCUGGCAAGGCUCUGUGUGGCCUGUCCUAAAACAGCCCCAGUUGGAGCUGGUGCGGAUGUGGGUUGCGUCAAGCAUGUCUGGGCUAUUGAUGUGCUUGUGAGUUGGGUGUUAUCAUUGGCAUCAUCCCCAUUUUUGAGAGGAAGAAACAUGUUAAUUGGCUGCAGUUCCCAGUUAGCAGUCUGCGUUCUCACCAGCAUCUGGUUCUGAGAUAUGCAGGUGGGAACGCAGGCCCUGAAGUCCCCAAGUUCUUGUCCUCCCCAAGUCUGCCGUGUCCUCUCCACCUCUUCUAGGAAAAGCUCCUCAGCACCCCCAAGCGAGAACACAAGGCACAUUAAAGAAGAGCCUGAGAGUGUUUCCUUCCACACGUGUGAGACUUGCCAUCACCAGCAUUUUUAUUCCAGAGUCUGGCUCUUAGGGACACGAUGGGGCUGGGAAAUGAAGACCACCAAAUGCUAGUCAUGUGCUGGUCACCCUACUGGGGCUAGCUGUGCCAGGCAGGAGGAGACCCUGGUCAGGGCAUCUGGUUCCCAUACAAAAGCAGACUGAUGGAGGCAGCCCUAGAGGGGUUUUGUUGUUGUUGAGAAUAUACACAGCAAAACAUACACCAG